AUGAGCUCGCAAGUAGCCUUCGCCCUGGUUCGUCCAUCCGUUGCGGCUGGCGCGAGACCUUCUGCCUCCAUGGCGGCAUUGAUGCACUCGAAUAACGAGCCUGUCGCCGUCUCGAACCCUAUCGUCUCCAACUCCAUCGCCAGUUCCGAACCUCUUUCGUUCCUUAAAGCACAAUCCCACGCCAAGCCCGAAUCCAAUCUCAGCUCCAUCGCCAGUGCCGGUCUACACGUUUCGCGAUCCCAUCCGCCUCCAAUGACGAGCCCAACUUCGGCACCAGCGGAUCGGCCGACGGAACAGGACAGGGAAGCCGAAAGUAACAGCUCACGCGUUGCCCGUGAGGCAUUGGGCGCCAGCGAGAAGUCGCCGGGCCCUUCCCUCCAUGAACCGUCGGUCCAUGCGUCCCCGGAACAGAUUCAAGUCGACUCCCACCACAAUGACACAUCAUCCGACCCUUACGGUUCGGCCGACCACAACCAGAACUCACUGAUUCACUCCUCGACCGUCGCUAGUCCAGGCCCUAUCGAAGAGUCCGCGUCUCAAGAUGGAGAUCGACCUAGGCUGCGGGCAGACUCGGAGAUCGAUCAUGAUAACAACAAGGCCUUUUCCUACCCCAUGCCCACCGGAGGCAUCAAUGAUCCGCGUCGCGGCCUCAGCUUACCCAACGCCGGCUACAAUAGAGGCAGCCCACGAUCUCCAUCCGCGAAAAAGCAUCGCUGUCCCUAUUGCGCGACCGAAUUUACCCGGCAACACAAUCUUAAGAGCCAUCUACUUACUCACAGUCAAGAGAAGCCUUUUGUCUGCCAAACCUGCCAGUCUCGUUUCCGCCGCCUUCACGACUUGAAACGACACACUAAGCUCCACACCGGCGAACGACCACAUAUCUGCCCCAAAUGCGGACGACGAUUUGCUCGCGGCGAUGCGCUCGCGCGACACAAUAAGGGACAAGGUGGAUGCGCUGGCCGUCGGGCUAGUAUGGGAAGCUUCGCAGCCGACGAUGAGUACGGGGACGGUCACCAUCCUGACGACGCCAUGGAUGGGCUCGUGUAUGCAGAGCCGGAGCGCAUGGACGAGGAAGACGAGCGACGCCUCAUACCGAGCAUCCGCAAGCACGAGACCGACCAUCUGCCUCGCUCUGAUUCCCUUCAAUCCCAUCGCCAACCUAGCACCUACCCGCCGAUUGCUGCCGGCCGGAGUCUCUUCCCACCUCCAGGCACCCAUGCUGGUUCCGGGUCGUCCACAACAACCGCGUCGCAUCCAGGCAACCUGACUUUCCCGCCAGCAGGACACCCCUCUGGCUCAUCGAUGUUUACCCCCACCAACGUCAGUGACAGUCCGAAGCCAUUAUCCCCCAAUGCGCUGUCUCAUCACGAAAUGGUGCAACCCCACCGCGCACACUCCCCAAGCAUGGGCCAUUCAUUGCCACACCCACCACCAUUCGUACGAACAGGAUCGGGCUCAAGCCACGCUCCACCGGGUCUGGGUCUGCCACCGCCGCAGCCUGGAGCGCCUCAGCUCCCGCCCCCUGUCAUUAGCUCACCCGAUGCCCGCUUCGGUCUCCAGGCUGCCGCCAAACAUUCCGCGUCACACAGUCACUCGAGUACCCACAGUCUUCCCGCUCCGAAGCUAGGACCGGAUGGACCUGAAUUACCUGCAGGCGAAGCCAACCAGAUCGACAAGCUCUGGGCAUACGUCCGAUCCAUGCACGAAGAAAUAGCGGGUCUACGGACCGAAGUCGCGGCGCUACGUGCACACAUUGCAUCGACAAGUUCAACGACGGCACCAUCAGCCGUCGAAGUGAACCAAAUCUCGGGACCGCGGUAA